CAAUGCUUGUCAUGCAUAUCGCCAGUCCUUUUCUUACUACAAUCGUGUCGUUUACGUAGCCGACUUAGCCAACGCUUGUCAACAUGUACAAAGGCCAUGUUCUUGCGUUGCUGUGCAUGUUUCUGUCGCGGUCUGUCUCGGCCCAGCAGUUGACAUUCUCGGAAUGUGCUACCGAAUGCACUUCCGAGGUGACCAGCCAGUUCUCAACAUGCAAUUCUGGGAUUCAAUGCUUCUGUACGAAUUCUUAUCUAUGGAAACUCGGCCAGCACUGCUUCAAUUCAAAUUGCACAAUUCAAGAAGCACUGGUCGCGCAGAAUAUCACCGCGCUCAGCUGCAGUUUUCCCGACAGGAACAGAGGACCAGAUAGCAGCUGGCCAACCUUCACCUCCCUGGCCGUGGCACUUUGCCUGGUGGUGACGCGGGUUAUUGCUCUCGCCCCCAACAUCAAGACGCUUUGGGGAUGGGAUGAUGUACUUGUCGCAUUUGCUACUGUGGUUGCGAUUUGCAAUGCCGCGUCCACUCUUGUUGCAAGGCAUUAUGGGUAUGGACGCGAUGCCUGGCGCCUGACAUUUGACAACACUAAGGCUGUGGAAGAGAUUUACUACAUUGGCGGGGUUUUCUUCGUUGUCGGCCUCACGACCAUCAAAACCACUUUCCUUGUCUUUUAUCUCAAGCUCUUUCCAUCGCCCGCAUUUCGUAGGAUGGCGAUACCAUUGCUCGUCAUCACGUUACUUCACGGCACUACUUUCUUCUUUCUCUUUAUCUUCCAAUGCAGCCCAAUCAACUAUGCAUGGACUCUAUGGGUUGGCCAGGGUCAGGGAAAGUGUUUGGACUUCGGCCUCGGCGCUGUGCUGCACGCCGUGAUGAAUAUAAUGCUGGACUUUUUGAUCUUUGCUCUUCCGAUAUCGCAGCUCUGGAACCUAAACCUUUCUCGGAAGAAAAAGGUUCAAGUCAUAGCCAUGUUUUGUGUUGGGUUCCUUAUUACCAUUGUCAGCAUUCUACGACUUUGGACCCUGAUCGCGUUGGCAGACACCUACAAUCCAACGUAUGACGCCGUACCAUUGGGAGCCUAUUCUGACUUGGAGUUUAACAUCGGCAUCGCCUGCAUAUGUAUGCCGUCCUUUCGACUCGUAUUGCGGCGAUACCUUCCCUCCUGCUCCCUGUUUUCGUCCAAACAUGGCGCGUCUAAACAUGAUGACGACCAUUCAGCACCCGCACCCCGAGCCGUGAACUUGACUGGGUCCGGUCUCGAUCAAACAACCACGAGGUCGUUUCGUAUAUCAAGCGAACAUGAUAUUCCGCACGACUUCUCAUAUCAGCCAGGGACUACUCGGUAUCAGGCUACUGUGGAAAGUAAUGGAUCUCACCGUGUCUUGACUUGAGUUGCUAGGACAGAUAGAUGUUUUGUAUGGCCUGCGGUCUCCGCCGUACAUAUGAAAUGGUCAUCUUGUCGCCGCUUGGCAACGCCUCGUUCACCACACC